AUGGGCGUCCGACAAGUGCUCACGGCAUUGCUAUCGAUAACGUAUGGAUGUGCGGUAAUAUCACAAUUAGAUCCAACAUGUCUAACACCGGCCAUGGAAAAUGGCUUUUGCGUGCCGAUCGAGCGCUGUCGGAAUAUUUACAACGCUUUAAAUGGUGGAAAUCUAACCCGCAGUAACUGGGUUUACAUAACUAAAGCUACCUGCAAAUAUUUGAGCACUAAGCGCAGCGUUUGCUGCCAACCGGUAGAAAUCCUUCCUAGUUUCACCACUAGUGCUACAACUACCACUACGACCACUACUACCACCACCAAGCCAACAACUGAAGCUCUCAGGAUCGACCACGCUGCGCUCAACCGGAAGUUAUUCCCAGCGGAUAUCUGUGGUACGGUUUCGUUUGAUAAAAUACACAACGGUCAUGCGACGAGUCCUUUCGAGUUUCCGUGGAUGGUGGUGUUGCGGUACAAAACCGAUGCUGGACUUGUCGACCAGUGUGGUGGAACCCUUAUCAACGACCGUUAUAUCCUGACCGCGGCACACUGUGUAAACACCAAGCAUAAGUAUGAAUUAUCAAAAGUGCGCCUAGGUGAACAUAAUAAAACUACAGCCACAGAUUGCAUCGUUUAUAUCAGUGGUGAGACGCUAUGCGCAGAAGCUUUUGAUGUUGACAUCGAGAAAAUGAUCAUACAUAAAGAUUAUAAUCGACCGACCAAGUUCCUACACGACAUUGCACUUAUAAGAAUGGCUGAAAAGAUCAAUUUCACUGAUUCAAUCAAACCAAUUUGCUUGCCAGUGGAUGAAAGUGUGAGGCAAGCUCAUGUGCCUAAAUAUGAAAUCGCCGGUUGGGGCACGACGGAGGCAAAUUACGCUUCCCAAGUGCUGUUAAAGGCCACUGUUGAACCCGAGCCAACCGAAACGUGUGUAAUGAAAAUGGAACAGAUAUACAAAACGAAUGUUCAAAUAAGUGAUAGUUGGCAAAUGUGUGCGCUUGGCAACAAUACUGACUCGUGCGCUGGUGAUUCAGGAGGUCCCCUCGGGAGCAUCGUUUCUGUUAAUGACGCACCGAAAUUUGUUCAGUUCGGUAUAAUUUCUGCCGGAUUGAAUGUAUGCGGCCACGUAAGUUCACCUGGAAUUUACACGCGUGUUACUUCGUAUAUGGACUGGAUCCUAGCAAACGUGGAACCGUAA